UUUCGCUGUUUUCGUACGAUUUUACACACUUUUCCAAACUUUGGCGGUUGGAAAAAAGGUCUCUCGAUUUAUCCGGCUGUUGGUGAUUGAUUGGGGAUUUGGUGAGCUGUGCGUUCGCCGCUGUCGGACGAGCCGUUUCCUCGUUGCAAACACCAUCAGUUGCGAUCAUCGCAUCAUCAUUACCGUCAUCGUCAGCAAGUGUGCUGUGUGGUAGUAAAAUCAGCAGACUGCUAGCGGCAGUCGUCCAUCUUUGAAUCGUCGUAAAAGCAGCCUACUAUUCACUGUGUGACUGGCUCUCGUUUUCAAUCGCUCGUUCGCGUUCAUGUUCGCAUUCGUACGCCGUAAAGUGCUGAAGAAGGAUCUCGGAGUUUCGGUCGGAGUGAAAGCCUUCGAAAUAGAAGUGCGGAGUGUGUGUGUGAAGAAGUGCAGUGUGGAUUGAAGGGAAAAUUUUCCUACCUUUCUUUUUUUUUUCUCCAUUUCGAAUGGUCGCAGUUUGUGCGAAAUCAUCAUCGAAGCAGCAAAAUAGUACAUUACAUUAGUUGGAUAAAGUUUCCUGCUGAAGAAAAAGAUUUCCUGCUACGUGAGCAGCUCGGAUUAGCCACCAGCCAAGAUGAGCUGCCCUAUGCCGGAGAUUGGCUCCUGCAUAUCGCUGAUUUCGAAAGCCGACAUCCGAUAUGAGGGCCUGCUGUUUACCGUGGAUCCGGACCGCUGUACCAUUGCCCUAGCGCGAGUAAAAUCCUACGGUACGGAGGAUCGUGAGACGCAGUUUCCGAUCGCCCCGCAGAACCAAUGCUACGAUUACAUCCUAUUCCGCGGGUCCGACAUCAAGGACAUCCGCGUCAUCAACAACAACCCGGUACCGAACGAUCCGGCCAUCAUGCAGAUGCAUCUGCCCCCGCAGCAGUCCCUUCCGCCGAUGCAGGGCAAGCUCGGUCAACCGGGCUUCCAGCCGCAGCCGGGUUUCAUGAUGCCCCCGAUUGGCCCCGGAGGACCCGGCCCGAUGGGUGGCCCACCGCCCGGUCAUCAACCGAUCGGUCAACCAUAUAGCUCGUUCGGCGGACUAAACAAUCUCGGAGGUAUGCUUUCAAACGAUUUGGUUAAUAAGAGUCCAUUCCCUCCCGGUGGGCCGGUCAAUCAAAUGCCAGGGCAGCAGCAGCAGCAACAGCAGGUCCAACCGGGUGGUGGAACCGGCGUUGGUUCUUCGGCGGGUGGGUCUGCCAAGGCACCAGGCUCCGAACUGGUCAGCCUGUUAGGUGCGGAUCCACCGCUACAGCAGCCGACACCACCGGGGCCUGUGGGAUCUUCGGCCUCUUCCGUCAUCGUCGGCAAUGAGCUCAAAGAUCAAGAAUCGGUUCUAGAUUUGAUUGGCGGCGGCGCUGGAGGAGGUGCCGGUACCGGUGCGGCUAGCGGAUCCCGCUCGACGACACCGAGCAAUUUGCUGUCCCGCAAGAGCCCAACGGUCGACAUGGGCGUGCAGACUAAUCAACAACAGCAGCAGCAGGGUAGUACUGGUGGCCAGCAGCAGAACCGUGACGGCAACCGCAGCGGAGGCGACGGUGCCAAUCUGGAUCGAGGCAUGAACCAACGCAAUCGGAACAAUGGCCAACGUAGCCACCACCAGCAGCAGCAGCAACAUCAGCAUCAGCGGGAAAGACGCGAUUCCGGCAAGAUCGAUGGUCAGAUGAAGGAUAACUACAACAAGAACAACAUGCAGAACAAUAUGCAGAGACAAGGAGGAGGAGGCGGGGGAGGAGGAGGAGGUGGUAAUCAGAACCGUGGCUGGCAUAACAAUCGUAUCAAUAACCAGAACAUGAGCAAUAACAUGCGUGGUCGUCCGCGUGGACGUGGAGGUCUACCGCAGGGUGGCAACCGUGCGAAGAAUCUGCUCAAGUUCGAGAACGACUACGACUUCGAGCAGGCCAACAGCAAGUUCGAGGAGCUCCGUUCCCAGCUGUCCAAACUCAAGGUGGGCGAUGAAGCAAAGCCAGAGCAGUUAACUAGCGAAACCUUGGACAAAAAGGAUGACUCCGGCAACGAAACGGGUGCAGGUGACCAUGAGCAGGAAGAGGAAGAAGGCGUGUGCUACGACAAGGCCAAGUCGUUCUUCGAUAACAUCUCGUGUGAAGCGAUCGAGCGUGCCAAGGGCAAGCAGCAGCGUACCGAUUGGAGGCAGGAGCGCAAGCUGAACACCGAAACGUUCGGUGUCGGAUCCACCCGACGUGGAGGCUACAACAGACGUGGCGGUUACUACAACCGUGGUCCGCACAACUACCGCAACAACCAAUACCGUGGCGGUAACAACUACCGGGGACGCAGCAGCGGCAAUCGUCUCAACCAACCCAACGGUCUUCCUCACAACACCAGUCGCCUCAACACCAACCAGCAGCAGCAGCAACAAUCGCAGCAACAGCACCAAUCGCAGCAACAGCACCAGCAGCAGACGCAAGCGCAAUCCCAACAGCAGCAACCAGCCGCCAUAGAGGUUGCAGCGGGCAAAUAAUGCUACAAAACAACUAAGGAUGUACUUUUACUUUUAAAAAGCUGACCAGAGUUCCGUAAAAGCUUAUCACCAAAUAGAAGCAGAUCAAGUAACAGAAAUUUCAGAGCAUGAAGAGACCCUGUUGAGAAGCAACACAACCAGCUAAACUCCCCGUGUAAACGUAGUUGGCAUCCUCCUGUAAGAUUCGGAAACCUUCGAUGGCCGCUUCCUCGCCGCCGAGAGACCCUCCAUCUUCAUCAACUGACAGAAAAGGACAAACUGUGUGAAUCGUUACGGAUUCGAGAGAAGGCGUACGGCAUUGCUCACCUAGGGUUAAAGAAUAAGCAUUCGCAGCGCCACUCGCUGCAAUGGAAGCGAUGGAGAGUGCUCGAAUCUAGAAACCGUAUUUGCCCCUCGUCGCCGCCGCCCACCAAUCUUCGGAGCAUCAGGGAAAACAAAAAACGAGGACAACGUCGAACGUGUGUCCCCACCCCCCAAACUUCCCUUUCCCACGGAUGAUGCCGCCCGAAGACCGCGCUCGGCUGUGGACAGUGGGAAAUACGCACAUAGCUACUUGAAACAAAAUUGAAUACGAAAUUGGAAUCGCCUUCUUUCCCUUCGAUUCAGGCGCCCACCGUGUGUAAAUGUGUUUACGUGUUGAGACGAGAUUUGAUUUUCUAUUGCUGGCAACAGAAAAUAUUGUCAUCGUCGUCGUCGUCAUCAAAUGGAAGAUGAAGUUCCUUUCUACGGCAGGAGAGGGAAAGACAAGCGGCGAGUUCGAGAGUCGACAGAAGGAAUCAGCAGCCAAGUGAAAUCGUGUGUAUGUGUACAGAGUAGUAGUAGGUCAUCACCGGAAGAGGACGGAUGACGGAGAAGCUUAAUAGGUAAAUUUUGAAAAUUGUGGAAAUCUAUUAUACUAAAAGAAGGGGAGCUAGCGCAAAAACAGGAGCGGAACCAAUAUGCAAAGAGGAACUUUGUAGAAUUUGAAGUAGAAGAGAGGUGAAUGGGCAAUUUUUUUUUGCGCAAAGAAUGGAUAUAAUCUUUAAGCUAAUAUUGAAAAGGUGGAUGCUACAAACUAAUAUAACACUCCCUUCAGCCGUAGAGGCGAUCAAAAAGUGUGAAGAAGAAAUGACAAAUUGAAUGAUGCAAGGAGCAAGAAUUUAGGAAUUAGAAGAAACAUCGAUAGAUUUUUGGAUAGAAACGAAGUUCCGAGAAAUGAGAUGAGAGAUGAAUUAGAUAAUUUCAGCGAGAGCCUGAGAGCAGAAUGCCGCCGGAUUACAGUUUAUAAUUAUUCAAGCCAAUAUACAAACGUUAUUGAAAUUGUUAUUCAACUACUGUGUGUGAUAGAGUACUUAGGGAGACGGAAAGGAGAAGACGAAUGCGCGGUGUGGAGAUUUUUCAUUAAUGUUUAGCAAUUUCCUCACUUACUAGUUUUUUUUGCCUUAUUAUUUUCACUUUUAAUUUUAGUUUUUUUUUAAUCUAACCAAAAAUGCAUGUUUUUUCCUUGAAGCGCGAGGAAACUUUUGUGCGGUUGUACCUAGUUUUCUUUAUUUUCCUUCCUACGACUGAUAGUUUGAAUUAAGUAGUUUUGUUUCCGGUCUCCGGCGGGGGAGGGAGCGGGCUCUCGCGACAAGUCCACUCUUAAACUAUAGAAUGUUAUUUCAACAGGUAUACCCGUAAUCUCGCAUAGCAUUUCGGCGGAGAGAAGAUUGUAAAACCGAUUUUUUUUUGGAAGAGAGGAUUGAUUAUGAUGAGAGUGGAAAAUAUGUAAUAUGUAUGAUUACGAUAAUAAUAUUGAAUAAUUAUUAAUAUUAAUAUAUUGAAAAUGGAAGUGGAAACAAGUGGAUUAUAUGAGGAGGAAUCAUUUCGGAAGAAAUGCGUCACGCUGAAAGGAGAAGGGGGUCUAGGGGAACUGUUGUUUGGUAAGGUGAAAGGGCUGUCGUCUGUUGCUCUGGUAGCUGUGUUGUAGAUCUUUAUGAAUACUUCAUGCUUUUCUUGUGUUAAUUGCAAGUAAAUGUUACUGGAUUGUGUAGUAAUGGUUAAGUGAAUUGGUGAUAGACUGGAUGCAUGUUUCGAUGUUUUAUUUGUUUCAUAAAAUGAAUGAGAGCAAUGCAUUCUUGAAAAAAAAAAACUGUUCUUUUUAACUCAGGCAGUCGAACAAACAAUAGAAUUAACUAAUUUACAUUAAUUACUGAUGGUCUCGUAGUUAACAUACGUUCAACAUAGGACCACCAGGCUUGCUGGAGGUUUUAAAACACUCUUGUCCUGCGAGCUCAGUCAGCCCUCAACUCGAGUGAGUGGCGGCAGGAAUAUGGAAGAAGUAAACAAAAGUUUCCCGAGACGGAGGGAGAGUGAACUUCAGCGAGAGGAUAAUUUGACGUGAGGUGUGCUUUUCGAGACUCCGGAUGACUUUGUUCGACGCAAGAAGUUCAGAGUUCACCCAGAGUGAGAGUAAAGCAAACCCCACACGCAUCAAUAUAUUGACGCGAAGGGGAAUUAUUGACAAUAAUAUUGAUGAGGUGAAUUCAGAAAUAUUGUCAAUCUCGAUAUAUUGACGUCAAUAUAGCAUGUAUUGACAAUUGGAGGCGAACCAGCCCAAGGCUGAAAGCCUCAUUAAUAAAGUUAAAUAAUAAUAAUGUAUUGACAAUACGAUUAUUGUCAAUAAAAGCAAUCGUGUAGGGUUCACUUAAGAGCGUGUGAUAGAAAACAUGAACAUGAAUCAAUCUGAACAUUGCAUUAGGGGUCCUAAGUAACAUUGAUCGAUUCUCUUCGUCGACUUUCUCUUUCGUUAAUAACAUGAGCACAUAACCGUUUCUUGAUGUGUUUGUCAUAUUAGAUGCUAGAUAAAAGCUUCUUUUAUCGAUCUGUGUGCUGAAAAUACCUGGGAAUGUCUACAUGGCCGUGGAGAUACAAAGAGAAAGUCGACGAAGAGAAUCUGUCAAUGUUACUUAGGACCUAAUGCAAUGUUCAGCUUGGAAUGGCAGCAAACCUCACUCUCAUUUUAUGACCCUUCGCUCACAAGCUCUGAAGCUCAGUGGAAUGAUUUGGCAGUAGACAUUCUACUUCUCAGAAAAAUGCUACGCUCGGCUCAUUUCAAACUCGCGAGCGAGGCUCCAUCAAGCCUGAGGACCACCAUUGUCGUUCGUCAAUUGAAGAUUGUGAGCACAUUGAAUAAUCCAUUUCCAUAUUCUGUAAUUUAAUUUUUAAUUUAUUUGCGCUCGAAACCUUGAAUCCCAAGUCACCAUUUUUUUUAUAAACAUUGAGCUGUCCAUAAUUAUGAUGCACUGUUCAAAUUAUAAGGUAUGCGAAUAAAACGUUUUUAUUGCAUGAAGUGUGGUAAUUUUGCCUCAAUCCGCGUCUACGAAGCUCAUGUAAUUCUUAACUCCUGUGGGAACUUCCCAUAAGCAACUGUCGGUCUCUGCAUGAAACAUGUCGGAUUGUUCCUUAUUCGGCCACUCCACCGAAAAAUCACAUGUCCUGUGCAUGAAGACGCUAAUAUCAAAAUACUUCAUGGAAGCGUACAGUAACUUCACGGAGCCACAAUCAGGUGAUCAGGAUGCCGUUGCAAAAUGAUGUUUCUAUGUCAGCAAGGUUGAACAAUGCUGCUCCUUUUUGUCUGUAGGAAGCUCACCUCUGGUCACCAUUUGACGAACUAACUUAAGCAUGUCAUGAAGAUCUACCCAUUAAUCUCAGUAGGUUCAUAGAGGUAGCAGUCACACCAUACCAAAUGAAGGAACUUAGACCGUACGAAACCCACAUCGGAGAUGAAUAAAUCUUGGAGGGAGAGAUCCGCCACCCACACAAACACGUACAUGAACAGAACUAGCUAAAUCAUAAACAAAAGAAAGAGCAACCAACUGGGCAUCGACUAAAAACAUAACAAUUAGGGAAAAUCCAGUCGAUCGAGAAACCUUUAUAUAUAAAACUAUUAGUUUACACAACUAGCUCUAACUCGUUUUUUUUUUUAUUAUUUCAUAAGAAACUGUGGAACUUAAAUGGGAACGGAGGCAUACCUAUAAAGCUGGCUAAAACUCCCGGAUCGCUGCGGGUGCCUAACUGCCUGCUCAGUUGCGAUCGCCGGGAUGAUUCAAUGAAUUAAUGGGAACGACAUAAAGCUAAGGAUCCAGUCAAUGGAAGAAGAAGGCCAAAAGAAAACGAGUAAUGAUUAAUUUUUUUUUUUGCUGAGUUAGAGAACGAAGGGAAACCGGAUCCGACCGAUCGGAGAUACCUAUUAACUAAAUAUAUAAGAAAUUUAUAAUAAAGAAGAGAGAAGGCGAUCAUAUAGGCGAGAGAAGUCAUUUAUACCGAUAACAAUCGAUGAUGCAGCAGCGCGCGAGAGAGAGCGAGUGUGGAUUAUGGAGAAACGCUUAGGAGAAGCUAGAAUGUCACACAAUCAGGUGUCGUGGUGAGAAUGGAUCGAACAAUGGAAAUUAUUUUAACAAAAAAACGCAUACACACAAGCGUACAUUCACAAAACACAAACACACACGAGUCCAUACAUACAUAAUAACAGACAGAAGGAAUAAUUAAAAAAACGGAAGAACGACAGCACUAAUAAAUAAUAGAAGAAAUUGAAACCGUGAUGUAAAAUGUACAAUAUUAAAAAAAACUGAUAUUAACCUGUAAGCUGAAGUUAAUAAGAGACGAAGUGAUUUCCUCAAUAUUUAGCAAAACAGAAAACAAAUCGUCACAUUUGAAAUACGAAAGAAUCAGCAUAUAAAGUAAACAAAGCCAAAUUCGGUCCAAUAGGUGCGCGCAGCGAAACCGGAAACAGAUAUAGCUGUAAUUUUUAGCAUUUGAGAAAGAGAGAGAGAGAGAGAAGUACGGAUGCAAGAAAAAACAAGUCUCUGUUCCAUUUGACAAUUUGCCUGCCGCGGCGGCGAAUUGCGCGGGUAGCUCUUAACAUGUCGUGGUUCCACUUUGGGACCAAGCAAUACUGUGUGCGAAUCGACACAUUCGCGUUUUAUCUACCAGGCUACCCCAGACAACUAAUACAAUGUAAUGUUUCGGUGAGUUCAAAACACAAAAUCCCAUUCAUUCGCUUCCUGUUGCAUUGGAUCUAUAAACAGCAAUCCCCCCUCACCUUACCGGAGAAGAACAGCGGAAUUUCUCCUUUUUCAUGAGGGGCGAAGGGAAUGUUUAGUAGGAUCCCUGCACGUGGAAAUUCAUUUAUUAAACCUAACAAUAGUAUACUCUAUUUAACACCGAACCCUAAGUAGCGCACAAUGACAAUGCUCCAUUAUCAUAAUUAUGGUUAGUAUUUUUUUUUAAUCCUAAAAGUCGCUUAAACCGGAAAAAUGGUGCUAGUCAAGACCUGCAGUCAAAGAUCCUACUUGACUUUUUGACAAUUGUUUUGGUUUUCUCAUGGUCAUACGAAGGUCUUAGCGACGACGACAUGCAACAUUCAUCACUCAAACAGGAGUGCAUCGUCAUUGUUCGCUACUGGUAGGCAGUUCUAUCUCAGAAUAAAAAAUUCGACGCUAAAUUGUUUUCUGUAACUUUUCGUUCAAUUUGAGUUUCUCCAGACAAGUGUAAUUGUUCGAAUAACUCUAAAUAAACUAAUCAAAUCAAUUUAAUUUAUUCGUAUCGAAAAAGAAAGUAAGGUAGUAGUGUAACAGAGUCCCAUCAAUUUGAUUUACCGUCUGAAAGGAUGAUUUUUUGUUAAACAAAAAAAAAACUUAAUACAAUACGACGGUGGUACAAGGUUCAUGACACGGAAUUAGAUUAUGCCACCCCAUCCAGAAGCAGUUGAUCAAUUGCCUCACAUAUUUUACCUGAUGCAAACUUUCCUGUGUCUGUAUUCCACUUAAAGCCGGAAAAUGCUGAUACAACAUCCGUAGUUUACACUACAAUUCCUAUUCAAUAUCAUUGAAGAUAAAAAUGCACGAGAAAGAUUGUAUAAACUACAUACACACAAGCACACCGACAAAAGAAUAGACUAAAAAAAAACAGAAUCAUGAGAAACGAUAUUCGGGUCUAUUUUUAUUACCUACCACUACAACACCAGAAGCAAGAAAGCCAUCGUGAGAACUGAGAAUCGGAUGGUGAUGUUUUUUUCUAAACAAAACAAUAAUUAAUAAAUAGUCACCCGCAGCAAAAAAAAAACUCAAAAUAGGUACAGGUGAAACUCAGUUGUGUAAACAAGUAAACAGUAACAGCAAAGGAAAGAAAGAAAUAUCAAACAUUAUAACUUUAUGGUUGAAAAAAGAAAACAAAAUACAAGAGAGUAAAAAACAAACACAUUUGAAACGAAAAGAAAAGAAAUACAACAGAAAGCAGAGUUAAAAAAUAUAUGAACUCUACCAUUAAAACAGAA